AUGGCGGGUAGGCAAAUUUGGAGUUUUAGCGAGACACAGGCUUUGACAAAGGAGCUGCUCAAUCAGGGGCGACUCUUUGCACCCACAGGUGAGAUUGACAUUGGCCCCUUUGCCAACAACAAGUUUUUGUCAAACCGAUCCCCGAUCCAAAUAAAGAAAAAAAUUACAACAUUGCGGGAGAACCCUCUAAUGUGGUCCAGAUAUAUGACAUUGGAUCAACUAUUGUCGGUAAAGCACAAUGAAACCAGACCGUAUUUGAUUCUACGAUCCAUCCUGACGGCAAGAGUCGAGCGGGAGAGAGUAGGAUUAACCACGAGGAAGCAGCUACCUCCUGCUCCUCCUCCUCCGCCGCCGCCGCCGCCGCCGCCGCCGCCGCAGGCGAUUAAACCAAUUAGAUUAGAUCAUGGGAGCAGCCCCCUCCAGCACAACUUGGAUUCAAGGCCUCUCAGCCGGGGGAACAUCACAACACAGAAAUGGACAAGAAAGGAGACACAGAGUUUGACAAACGAGCUGUCUAGAUUGGGACUCUUGUAUGCAGAAAUGAACAAGAUUGAUUUUGCCACAUUGUCACAAAUUCAGGGGUUAGAAGCAAGAACAAUCACUCAAAUCAAGACAAAGCUUCGUGCCCUGAGGUGCAAUCCUUCACAAUGGGCAAAAUUUUUGACCCUUGGGCAAUUUUUAAAGGGUGGUAGAAGCAGUUUUGACUACCGAGUACAAUUCCGUGAACUGUGCGCCAUUUUAACGGGACGCGAAAAAAAACAAAUACCAGUUGUGACACUGUCCGAUGAUGACGAUGACAAAGACGAGGAUGGUGCCGAAUCAUUAGUCAGACCAAUACUAGUUAAAGCUCCAGAGACAAAUCAUGUGACGGAAGAGUACAGCAAAUCAACAUCAGAGGACCCAGAAAUUCCUUUUGCUGACCGAGAGCAAGGCUUAGAUGAUUGCGAAGACCCCCUGGAUAAAGCGCUUGAAUACGUAUCCAAGUUUCAAGGGUGGUCUAGGGUGGAUAAUAUUGGAGAAUUUUUUAAAACAUGUGCUAGAAAGUACAAUUGUGAUGCCCAGCAGCUUGGAUUAAUUUGUACUACAUACGAAGGCGACCGCCACCGACAGGUGUCCACACAGGAUCGGUUGUUUACACGGCCUCUACCCUCAGCGUCGUCAUCAUCAUCAGACGGAUGCGAGAAGCAGCCGGAUGCCCUGAAAUUCGCCAGGCUAGACCCAACCUUUCGAGACACUGACCAGAACUGGAAACGAUUAAUGGACAGUGACGGCUGGGACAUGGACGUUAUUGGGUUCAAACAUAUUGUCAAGACGACCCGUGUGCACAAGUCAAACAAUCUGGAUCCAAAUAAACAGAUACAACCGGAGCGAAAUGUUGCAAUCCACCACCCCACAACCAUUGUCCCUCUCCCGCUAAACCGCCAACAGCAGCAGCAACCGGACAAGAGUAGAAGCAACAUUCAGACUACCGUGCGUGGAGAACCAAUAGGGAGGGGUAUGACAAUCACCGCCGCCCUACAAGCCACUAUCGUGAAUCGUGAUCUUCAACAGCAACAACAACAACAACGACUCGAACCACCGAGUGCUCCUAGUAUCAAUAAAGCCCUGUCACCCACAACCUUGGAUGUCAUGAUGAACGGCACUCUAGAGGAUGGGUAA